CGCGAGGUUGCCUUUGACCAGCAGGACUCAGCGGAGACUCGUCUCCUGUCAGAGCGCGCGCACUCGGGCUGAGUGGAUGUGAUGUACUGAGCGAGGACGUCUCUCCCUCUCUCUCUCUUUCUCUCUCUCUCCCUCUCUCUCUCUUUCUCUCAGCUCCCACCUCUUUUGGGAAACACACACAAGACCCUCUUUUUUUUUUUUCUCCUCAUUCUCUUUUUUUAGCCCCCCACCCGCAUGAUCCGUGGAUAAGCUUCCCGGGAAAUCCUCCGCAUCUCUCCUCCGUCUGAGCUGCACAACUUUCAGGCUCGUGCGCCUCCUCAGCUCGCGCUAACGUGCAUGUUUUCGGUGCAUGCCGAGAGCCACAGCGCAUUCUGAUUCUGUCGUGGAGGAAAGAAAGGAUUUUGUUUCUGCUCUCAUCUGAGUCCUGACGCAUCUCAGCCAUGGAGAACGCUCACACGAAGAGCGUGGAGGAAGUUUACAGCUAUCUGAACGUGAACGAGAGCACGGGGCUGGCGCUGGACCAAGUCAAACGCCAGAGAGAGAAGUGGGGUCCAAACGAAUUGCCCGCUGAAGAAGGAAAGUCAUUAUGGGAGCUGGUCAUUGAGCAGUUUGAGGAUUUACUUGUGCGGAUUCUCCUGCUUGCAGCUUGUAUAUCAUUCGUUUUAGCCUGGUUUGAGGAGGGCGAGGAGACAAUAACAGCCUUCGUGGAGCCUUUUGUAAUUCUGCUUAUUCUUAUAGCCAAUGCCAUUGUUGGUGUGUGGCAGGAGCGUAACGCCGAAAAUGCCAUCGAGGCACUUAAAGAGUAUGAGCCGGAGAUGGGGAAAGUCUACAGACAGGACAGGAAGACCGUGCAGAGGAUCAAGGCCAAAGACAUUGUACCUGGGGACAUCGUGGAGGUAGCUGUGGGAGACAAAGUGCCCGCAGACAUCCGUAUCUGUUCCAUCAAGUCCACCACGCUGAGAGUGGACCAGUCCAUCCUCACGGGCGAGUCUGUCUCCGUCAUUAAACACACUGACCCUGUUCCUGACCUUCGAGCUGUCAAUCAGGACAAGAAGAACAUGCUGUUCUCUGGUACUAACAUUGCAGCGGGCAAAGCCGUGGGUGUCGUGGUGGCCACGGGUGUGAACACCGAGAUCGGCAAGAUCCGUGACGAGAUGGCGUCCACGGAGCAAGAGAGGACGCCGCUGCAGCAGAAGCUGGACGAGUUCGGUGAGCAGCUCUCCAAAGUCAUCUCGCUCAUCUGCAUCGCCGUGUGGAUCAUCAACAUCGGCCACUUCAACGACCCGGUGCACGGCGGCUCGUGGAUUCGCGGCGCCAUCUACUACUUCAAAAUUGCUGUGGCUUUGGCCGUGGCUGCAAUCCCUGAGGGUCUGCCCGCUGUCAUCACCACCUGCCUGGCGCUGGGCACACGCCGCAUGGCCAAGAAAAACGCCAUCGUGCGCUCACUGCCCUCUGUGGAGACACUGGGGUGCACAUCAGUCAUCUGCUCUGAUAAGACUGGCACCCUGACCACCAACCAGAUGUCUGUGUGCAGGAUGUUCGUCUUGGACAAAGUAGAGGGUGAGAGCUGCUCUCUGACUGAGUUCACCAUCUCUGGAUCAACCUAUGCACCUGAAGGAGAAGUAUAUCUGGAUAACCGACCAGUGAAGUGCUCUGGCUAUGAUGCUCUAGUGGAGAUGGCCACUAUCUGUGCUCUGUGUAACGACUCCUCGCUGGACUUCAACGAGUCUAAAGGUGUGUAUGAGAAGGUGGGAGAGGCCACAGAGACUGCUCUGACCUGCCUGGUGGAGAAGAUGAACGUGUUUGAUACAGAUGUCAGGAGCCUGUCCAGGAUCGAGAGAGCCAAUGCCUGCAACUCCGUGAUCAAGCAGCUAAUGAAGAAGGAGUUCACGCUGGAGUUUUCUCGGGACAGAAAGUCAAUGUCUGUGUACUGCUCCCCCAGCAAGGGCAAGUCCACCACCAGCAAGAUGUUCAUUAAGGGAGCCCCAGAGGGAGUGAUUGACAGGUGCACGUAUGUACGUGUGGGAGCCACUCGUGUGCCCAUGACUCAGGGCAUUAAGGAUAAGAUCAUGACUGUGAUCCGGGAGUACGGCACUGGACGGGACACGCUGCGCUGCCUGGCACUGGCCACCCGGGACAGCCCGCUCAGGAAAGACGAGAUGGUUCUGUCUGACACGGCACGCUUCGCUGAGUACGAGUCUGACCUGACGUUUGUGGGCUGUGUGGGCAUGCUGGAUCCUCCCAGGACUGAGGUGGCUGCCUCCAUCAAGCUGUGUCGUCAGGCCGGUAUCCGGGUCAUCAUGAUCACAGGUGAUAACAAAGGCACGGCUGUGGCCAUCUGCAGGCGCAUCGGCAUCUUCUCUGAGGAUGAUGACGUAAACAACAUGGCCUUCACAGGCCGCGAGUUUGAUGAUCUUUCCCCCCAAUUGCAGCGCGAGGCUGUCGUGGCUGCUCGCUGCUUCGCUCGUGUCGAGCCCUCUCACAAGUCUAAGAUUGUGGAGUUCCUCCAAGGCUUUGAUGAGAUCACUGCAAUGACGGGAGAUGGAGUGAACGAUGCCCCUGCCCUGAAGAAGGCAGAGAUUGGCAUCGCCAUGGGCUCUGGCACUGCCGUGGCCAAGACAGCCUCGGAAAUGGUCCUCGCUGACGACAACUUCGCCACCAUCGUAGCCGCUGUUGAAGAAGGUCGAGCUAUCUACAACAACAUGAAGCAGUUCAUCCGCUACCUCAUCUCCUCCAACGUGGGGGAGGUCGUCUGUAUCUUUCUGACUGCAGCGCUGGGCUUCCCUGAGGCUCUGAUCCCAGUGCAGCUGCUGUGGGUAAACCUGGUGACAGACGGCUUGCCUGCCACUGCGCUUGGCUUCAAUCCCCCUGACCUGGACAUUAUGAACAAACCUCCCCGUGUUGCCAAGGAGCCCCUGAUUUCCGGCUGGCUCUUCUUCAGAUACCUCGCCAUUGGCUGCUAUGUGGGAGCUGCUACAGUGGGAGCUGCAGCCUGGUGGUUCAUUGUGGCUGAUGACGGCCCUCAGGUCACCCUCUACCAGCUGAGCCACUUCCUGCAGUGUGCUCCUGACCAUCCUGACUUUCACGAUCUGGAGUGUCACGUGUUUGAAUCGCCGUACCCCAUGACCAUGGCGCUGUCUGUACUCGUCACCAUCGAGAUGUGCAACGCUCUCAACAGUCUGUCGGAGAACCAGUCUCUGCUGCGCAUGCCUCCGUGGGAGAACGUGUGGCUGCUGGGAGCCAUUUGCCUCUCCAUGUCCCUGCACUUCCUUAUCCUGUACGUCGAGCCGCUGCCGGUCAUCUUCCAGAUCACUCCUCUGAACGUGACCCAGUGGCUGAUGGUGCUGAAGAUCUCCAUGCCCGUCAUCCUGUUGGACGAGCUGCUCAAGUUCGUGGCGAGGAACUACCUGGAGCCGGGUAAAGAUUUAGCCGAGGGGGUGCAGCAAGAGAGCUGGAGUGUGUCUGCAUGUGUCCGGGGCAUCUCCUGGCCCUUCAUAGCUCUCUGUCUCCCCCUGGUGGUGUGGCUGUACAGCACGGACACUAACACGAGCCGCUCGCUGGGGUCCUCCUGACUGACCCAUCACUGACUGAGAGCUGCGGUGACGCUAACACACAUCCACCACCCAUUAACCCAGAACCACGAUUAACCCAGUCCAAGAGAAUGUUUGCACAAGAAUCCGCAUACUGUAUGUUUGGUGUUUUUAUAAUUAAGAGUGAUGACUUAUUAUUCAUUGUUGUAACUGUUCCAUUUUAAAGCACACAUGAAUUGUUUUUUAUAUAAAUAUAUAACAGCUAUAUUAUUAUGAGAUGUUAUAAGCAGUCAGUGGAUUAAUAUAUUUAUUAGCUCAUUUUUAAAAGGGGCAUGGACCCACUGAACGUCCUCGCAGUGUGUGUAUUCAUGACUCAGUCCUGUACAGUAAAAAAUUCAUUAUAUCCCAGAUUAUAUUGUUUUUUUUUGUUUUUUUAAAUCACCCCCUGUCUAAUUUAUGAUAUUUUGAAGUACAAUUAAUGUACCACUUUUUUUUUUUUUUUAAACAAAUGGUUACUUUCUGCAUUUGGCAGAAUUCAGCUACCUCAGUUCCACUGCUGUCCAGUUAACUUUAAUUCUGAUUUUUAUUUAUUUGAUUUUUUUUCCUCAGAAAACCAGCGUAGCUGAAUAUCUUUAAAGGGGCAGUUUGUAAUUUUUUUAACCCUGAAGAUACGAAUUGCAAUUGCAAUGAAAACCCUGAUACGCCUUUUCCAUUCCUCCACCUUACCACACCCUCUCUGUGCAAACAUGUAUGCCUCGUGAUUUGCCUCUUAAGGAAGAGUAGCUCUGUUCUGGAGCUCAUUUCCAGGCCAGAAAAAAAAAUAGAAAGAGAAGUCUGAAAUGUAGAAAAAAGUGAUAUCUUUUCCAUGACUGUAUCAGAAUUGUAUUUUCGCUCAUGGUAGCUUUGAAAUAUGAUUAUUAUAUGUCUAGAAACACUUUUAAAUAUUAUAGACUGCACCUUUAAAGAAAAGGAGGAGCUCUCUCUCCCAGCUCUAAAUUACUGUUCAGUUAUUUAGGAGGAUGAAGAAUAUCACAUUGCCAAGUAGGUUUUUUUUCUGUAAUCAUGCUUUACUUGGACACAGUUUGGAGUAUUUUUAUUUUCCGUGACCUGUGUGAGGUUGUGGAAAAUGUGCACAAUGCUAGGGCUUUACAUGUAGGAAGGCAGUGCUCUGUGUAUGUGUGUUUAUACUGUAUGUAAGUGAACAUGCAUUCGUUUGAAAUGAGUACCUACAGCACAAAUGUCUCUAGGGAUUUAGGGAAUUCUGGGAAUUGUAGAUCCUGCCAUUAGAAAAGGUCAGCUAGAUGCCUAACUCUCGUGUAGUUUGAGACUAUGACUGAUCCUAUUUUUUUAAUAUUACCUGUACUUUAUAAAGAAUUUCUUAACUUUAGGCUCCCCGUUUGAGAGCAUGCUUCACUCAGUAUCUGAUUCUAAUAAUAGUACUACUUGGCUUUUUCUCCCAAAGCUUUGCCCUGAGAGUGAGAACUGUAACUUUCUGCUCCUGCACCUUCUCACCUCCUCAUGACUCUACUCUUACUAAUACUGCAGGUUGCAUUUGUAUUCUUAAAAUGCAUUUUCUUCAGGUUGCCAGGUCCGCACGUAAAAACUCAGAAUGUGACGCACCACAAACUCUGUAUUAAAGUCCAAAAUUAGGACUAGCAUGGAGUAACACCAUACGCUUUAAAAUAAGCAGUGCUGAAACUGCCGUUUUUUCACUAAGCUCCUUAAACGUCAUAAAUAAGAAAAACAUGCAGCAAUGAGCAGACCACUUCACCUUUCUGUUAAUUCGCUAAUAUGAUAAUUCAUAAUGGAUAAUUGCAUUUACUGUUUCCUUCAGAAAGUCCUGCUUCCUUCCAAAAUGUUGAUAUGUAAAUAAUAAAACACUCGUGGGCACGCUGUUAUAGGAAAAUAAUCAAUGACAGCUUGGUGUGAUGCUGUGCAAUACAAACCUGAGUUAGUUACCACUCUGAAGUUGAUUAUUCUCCAAUAACAGCGCGUUACAAUGUGCUUUAUUCCUCUUAUACCACAACAAUUUGCCAGUGAUUAUAAGUUUUUAUUUAUUAACGAACAAUACAUUGUGAUUUUUAUAGUUACAUUUAACAUUGUGGAACGUCUGCGAAGCAAAUCAGUUCAUGAUAUCACAUUAUAUGCCGUUCUCUCACCAGACUCUUUUUUCUCUGAUCUAAGCUAAUAAUAAGAACCACAUUCAGCCUGUCACACAACUAUUCUAUUCUGUUCUAUAGAAUUUCCCCACAGAGGAAAGCUUAAAGCAACAGCGUAAAGCACUGACACUGAAAUCUACUUUCAUAAAUAUUAAUAAACAUCUCCUUACAAAAAGCUUCACCACAGCAACAUUCCCUUUUUCUUAGAUUUAAAUUAUGUGCAGCGUCUGUCAUACAAGUCCCCGUGCAAGUCGUUAUCAUAGAAAUGAUAACGUGUUAGAACAAGUGCAUUAAUGCAACCCCGUGAUUUGCCUUGAAGCUGCUGUUAGAGAAAAUUAAUAAAAAAUUAAUAAAAUUAAAUUAAUACCUUCUGACCAAUCAAAAUUAAGAAUUCAACAAUGCUCUGGUAUAAAAUAAUCUGAUAAAAGCCCUUCAACCUGCAGGACGAAAAGAAAUUAACUCACAGCAGAGUUCCACAGGAAAAGUGCAGACUUGGCAACCCUUGUAGAAAACUUGAUUUAUACCACAUAAUGAAAAAUGUGUAAGCAACACAUUUGAUACAUCUUUAACUGUAAAGUUCUUCAGUCUUUCACUAAUGCUUUUAUUACAAAAUAUUCUUUCUUUUCAUCAGUCAUUUGAUAUGAUCAGCCUUUUUUAAUCUUUCCUUUUCUCGCUCUCUCUUUUUCCCU